AUGACUUGGCUUCAACGAAGGCUAUUGGAAUAUCUAAAGUCCCAGCUUCGUAAUGUUGAAGGAAUUAUAGAUGAAGUUGAGACGGCAGAUAAUGCUAAUCAAGAAUAUUUUCUAAAUAGGGUAAUCGAAACAGUUGGUCAAGUUGAAGAAACUGCAAGCGAGCUUCUCAGAAUAUCAUCUCAAGUUCUUGAAAAGUUUGAAAAAGAGAAGAUGACACUGGACGAUAGCAAUCAGAAAGCAUUCCCUACCAUGCCAUCUUUGGAUCCUGGAUUGCGAUCAAAACAUCUGACGGACAGUCAAAAAACAUACCUUAUACAAAUUGGACCGAAUCAACCAAAUUUACAGGUAUACCCAAGUAAUUCCAGCAUUGCUAAAGAAGGUCACAAGCCGUCGAGUUUUAAUCCAUCCUGGUUCAAAGAGUACCCUCACCUUGAAUAUAGUUUAUCGAAAGAUGCUGCUUUCUGUUUUGUUUGUUCCUUGUUUGGAAGUGGUCCAGGAAUGGAGAAAGCAGAAAAUGUUUGGAGUACAGAAGGUGUGUGUACAUGGCAUAAAUUCAAGAGCUGUGGAAAAGCAAAGCGUGGCAAGUUGGCAACACAUUUCUCAUCUGCGAGUCACAAAAGUGCAAUGUGUUUGCAUACGCAAACUUCGUGAAAACCUGUGGUCACAUGGAUGUCUUGCUUUCUAAGACCAAACGCCAUGCUCUCAUCCAGGAGGAGGAAGAUCUUGUCCGCAAUAGAAAGGUCGUCAAGAUAUUGUUGGACAUAACAAAAACACUCAGACGCCAAGGUGUCGCGUUUAGAGGCCAUGGAGACGACAAAGAAGGAAAUUUCCAUCAGAUUGUGAUGUCGAUGGCCAGGUAUUGUCCCGACCUAAAGUUCUGGUUCAGCACAACCCGGAUGCGACCAUACUGCGUCACCUACCUUAGCCAACAGUCCCAAAACGAGUUCAUUGAACUGAUUGGUCGCCAAGUACAAAAGCGGGUUACAAAAGAAAUUAAAGAAGCUGGGAUGUACUCCGUUAUGGCUGAUACAACGCCUGAUGUACGCACAAAGAUCGCCUCGCAAUUGCUUGUUGGUACGUAG